AUGUCUGACUAUGAUGAUGAUGAUGAUCAUGACAUGGCACCUAAUUAUGAAAAUAUGCGCGGUAUGGGUUUCAUUUGUUGGCGUGAAAUACCCGCAACAGAUGAUGAGGAUCAUGAGGAUAUUCAAUUAAAUAAGAAGAACAAAAAUAAAAAGAAAAAACGAAAACUUGAUGCGAUUGAAACAGAACAAGAAAUUGAAACGCCUAUUAAAAAAGUUAAAAAAAAGAAAAAGAAACGUUCAAAUGAAACUCAUAUGACAUCAACACUACAAAUAAUUGGUGAAAAUAAUAAAGAUGAAGUUGAAACAACUUCAAAUAACGAUACUAUUGAAACUGCUAAAAAAGUUUGGUCGGAUCUUCAUGUCUCGGAAAAUAUCAUUCGUUCAUUAUUGGAACAAAAAUUUUUUGAUCCAACUCCAAUUCAACGUCUUACUUUACCAGCUGCUAUUCGUGAUCGUUUAGAUAUUAUUGGUGCUGCUGAAACAGGCAGUGGUAAAACAUUAGCUUUUGCUAUUCCAAUUCUUACUCAUAUGAAUCAAUUAUUAGAAAAUAAUCAAACGUCCUAUGGACAAUUUACAAGUCUAAUUCUUACACCAACACGUGAAUUAGCUGUUCAAAUCAAAUCUCAUAUUCAAAUUGUCUGUCGUUAUACAAAAUUCAAAACUGCUGUCGUUGUUGGUGGUAUGUCAACACAAAAACAAGAACGUUUAUUAUCACAAAAACCUGAAAUAAUUGUUGCAACACCUGGUCGAUUUUGGGAAUUAUUACAAGAAAAUAAUGAACAUAUUAUUGAUAUGUCGAAUCUUCGAUUUUUAGCAAUUGAUGAAACUGAUCGAAUGAUUGAAAAAGGACAUUUUGAAGAAUUAGAAAAAAUACUUAAUCUAAUCAAAAAUGAUAACAAUCAAUUACGACAAAAAUUUGUUUUCUCGGCAACACUAAUGUUACAAUCGAAUAUCGAUAACGAAAAGAAAAAACAAAAAAAGAAAAAAGACGAUAAUCAAGAUAAACUUGCUACAUUAAUUUCCGCUGUUGGUAUGAGUGCUAAACCUAAAAUAAUUGAUUUAACAAAAGAAUUCGGUACAGCUGAAACAUUAACUGAAGCUCGUGUUAAUUGUUCAUUAGAAGAUAAAGAUUCAUAUUUAUAUUAUUUUCUAACAUUAUAUCCAGGUCGAACAUUACUAUUUACAAAUAGUAUUGAUUGUAUUAAACGAUUACAAUCAAUUUUAACUAUAUUAAAAAGAAAUCCUUUACCAUUACAUGCACAAAUGGAACAAAAACAACGUUUAACGAAUUUAGAAAAAUUUUCUAAUUCCGAUAAUGGAUUAUUAAUUGCUACAGAUGUAGCAGCACGUGGUUUAGAUAUUCCGAAUAUAAAACAUAUUAUUCAUUAUCAAGUACCAAGAUCAACAGAACUUUAUAUUCAUCGUAGUGGUCGAACAGCUCGUGUUGAACGUGAAGGAUUGAGUAUAAUGUUUAUUUGUCCGGAAGAAUUAUUUCUCUAUCGAAAAAUUAUUAAAACACUCAAUCGAAAUGAAGAUCUUCAAACAUUUCCUAUUGAUUCAACAUAUUUAUCAAAUUUAAAAAGACGUGUUCGUCUUGCAUCUGAAAUAUCUAAAUUACAUCAUCAAGUUGCUAAAGUAGCAAAUGAAACCAAUUGGUAUCAUAAAGCAGCUAAAGAAUUAGAUAUUGAAUUAGAUGAUAAUAUUCGAGAUGUUGAAAAAGCUAAAACAGCAAAUACAAAAGAUACUCAAAAAAAAGAAAUUCAAUUACGUAAUGAACUUGAUCUUUUAUUAAAACAUCCAUUAAAAUAUUCAUCAUCAUUAAAUAUAAGUCGUUCAUAUCCACUUCUAUUUGGUGAUCCUGAUCAAUUAGCAUCAAGACGAAAAAAUGAUAUGACUGCAUUAGAUGAAUUGAAACAUCGAUCAUAA